CAAGUCCAGUCUCUCCUUCAUCCUGCUCUUUGCCGUGUUCCCUCACUCCAUCUUCCGUGACAACAUUUCACCUUCGUUCAAUUCAAACAACUGCCGGUUCAGUUAAGCUGCAUUAUAUUCAAAAUGAUCACCAACACUCCUUCAAAAUCCUCCUCAAUGAUGUUCCUACUACUCAACUUGGCACUCCUAGUGCUCGGCCAAGGCACACAAUUCAUCACUGGUCCCUGCACGAGCGAUGCCGACUGCGCCUCCAGCUGCUGCGGAUUCAACAGUGGCCUGUGCGCCGGCCCUGUCAUAGCCCAGACGCGCGACGGAGGAUGUGGCUUCGGCGACCCCCAGCCCAACGACAUCGCCGCUCAAGCUUUCUUCAGCUCACAGUCAGCUGCAGCGGCGGGCGCAACCUCUCCUGCAACUGCAGCCCCUGCCCCUGCCCCUGCGAGCACCACCGCCGCCGCCGCCGCCGCAUCCUCGGGAUCUAAUAAUGGCAACGUUGGGACUGGAACACAAUUCAUCACCGGGCCAUGUACGAGUGACGCAGACUGUGCCUCUGGAUGUUGCGGCUUCAACACCGGUCUGUGUGCCGGUGCCAUUGUCGCCCAGGAGCGAGAUGGCGGAUGCGGAUUUGGCGACGCCCAGCCCAACGACAACGCUGCACAACUCCUUCGUGGCCAACAACCCACUUCGGCUGCCACCUCUGCACCUGCUCCAGCGAAUACUGCCUCCACCUCUUCCGGCACUUCUUCCUCCGGUUCAGGGACCAGCGGCUCCAACCCACCCAUCGACAGCACCAUCCCAGGCUCUCAAAACGUGGGCAAGGCGAACGGUUCGCAGUUCAUCACCGGGCAAUGCUUCAGUGAUGCAGACUGCGCUUCGGGAUGCUGUGGAUUCAACACUGGAAAGUGCGCCGGCGCAAUUAUUGCGCAGACCAGAGACGGAGGGUGUGGGUUUGGCGAUGCUCAACCGAAUGACACUGCGGCCAAGGCGUUGGAAGGUGGAGCAAAGAAGAGGAGAGGCAUUGGCGCGGUGAGGGAGUACAUGGCAUGAUUUACGACACUGAGAGACGAUGAUAAUAAUGAUCUGCAUAUACCCACGCAGGUAGUGGCGACAGGCAAGGCAUUCUCUGGAUGAUUCAAAAAAUUAAGUGCAUAUAGCGAUUGGCUUACUCCAGUAGGAAGGCGUGUAAGAUGAAGGCAUUCUGUCUCGCAUUUACCCUAGACGGAAAGCAAUACCUUCCCAAGAAAAUUAAAAGACUAUCACAGAAUACUGGCAUGACAAUUUGUUU